CGUGCCUUGUUGAGAUAGAUGGAUCAGAUAAGCCGAUGAAAAAAAGAGGUGGGGUUCGAAUAGAUAGACACGCGGUGCGAACUACCCUCUGUGAUCACUUCCGCGGCAGUUUAUCCAGCGAAGCUAGCAGGCAGCAGCAAUGGCGGCCGAGCCCGAGAUCUGCGUGCUCUCCAAUGGCAGGAUCACGGCGAACAUCGCCAGCUGGGGCGCCACCAUCACCUCCCUCCUCGUCCCCGACGCGCAAGGGGAUCUCGCGGAUGUCGUUCUUGGGUUCGACACACUGGAGCCGUACUUGAAAGGCAUGGCACCUUAUUUUGGUUGCAUAGUUGGCCGAGUUGCAAAUAGGAUCAAGAAUGGGAAGUUUGAUCUGAACGGAGUCGAGUAUUCAUUGCCUAUCAACAAUGGGCCGAACAGCCUUCAUGGUGGAUUGAAGGGGUUUGACAAGGUUGUGUGGGAUGUUGUAGAGCGUAAAGAUGGCGAGUACCCAUCAAUAACCUUUCAAUAUGAGAGCAAAGAUGGCGAAGAAGGUUACCCUGGCGAUGUAACCGUCCGAGCAACGUAUUCUCUUCCGGAGGCCACCACUCUAAGACUUGAUAUGGAAGCUAUACCAGCUAACAAAGCCACUCCUAUCAGCUUGGCACAGCAUACUUACUGGAACCUUGCAGGCCACAACUCUGGCAGCAUCUUGGAUCAUUCGAUCCAGAUCUGGGCAAAACACGUCACUCCAGUCAAUGAAAACACGAUUCCUACCGGAGAAAUAAUGCCCGUCCAGGACACGCCUUUUGAUUUCACCACGGAGCACAAGAUUGGAGACCGCAUCAGCGAUGUUCCUGGAGGGUACGACCAUAACUAUGUGUUGGACUCGGGCGAUGAGAAGAAUGGCUUGAAGCACGCAGCCAAGCUGAAGGACCCAUCGAGCUCACGAACUCUGGACCUCUGGACCGAUGCGCCUGGCAUGCAGUUCUAUACUGCCAACUAUGUGAAUGGCAUCACGGGCAAAGGUGGAGCUGUUUACGGUAAGCAUGCCGGAGUAUGCUUGGAAACCCAGGGGUUCCCCAAUGCCAUCAACCAGCCCAAUUUCCCGUCUGUGGUGGUGCAGCCUGGUGCGAAGUAUAAGCACGCCAUGUUGUUUGAGUUCUCGGCAUGAUUAGAUAUGCUGCCGGCAGCUUAAAUGGCUGCAACUGCAAUAGUUAUAGAGUGGAAUAAAACGACCAGAAGAAAAAAAGUCAAAUUGUAGUACCAAACAAAAAUAAAAAAGGUGUAGUGACCAGAACUGAGCGACAUGAUCUCAUUCGGAAAAUCAUGUUCAAGGGUGUCUUAUAUUUUGGUUGUGUAUACUGUGACUGAGAAGAAUUGUUCACAUGCUUGCCAAAAUAUUGAAGGUCGUUUGCUUGAUUUGCAUGCUGAA